CUAAAUAGAGUCAAACUUCAGUUACUGAAAUGGAAAAUAACAGUAUAGCUAGCCAUUUUUAAGAAUAAAGGAAGAUAUCUCCAAGUAUUGUACCUUUUAAAGUAUGUUCCUCCUUUUUUCCCCCCCCCCCCCCCUUUUCUCUCCAGACUUUAUAUUCAGAGCACCCAUCAAAUUAAGCAAACCAGGGGAACUGCGUGAGGAAUAUGAAAGCCAGCUGAAGAAGUUGAGAGAAGAAAAAUUACAAGAGGAGAAAACUUCAGAGGAUCUGAUCCACAAGCUAAUUCUGGAAGACAUGGAAGUGGGAAAAAGAAAAAUGGAAGAGCAAAAAAAAGAGGAACCACUGAUGCUUAAAAUGAAUCAGGAAUGCUUUCCUGAACGACUCUCGGACUCGGAGAAUGAGGAACCUUUCCAGGGCAAACAAAUGCAUCGGUCAGCUUUUGUGUCCAAGGGCAGCGCUUAUUCCUUUCCUUUCUUUUCAGGGAGCCUCACCUCCAAGGUGGAGAGGAGUCAGAGCUGCAACGACACCCUCCAAGAUCGAUCAAAGAGCAGGCAGCGGGCAGCUCCAGCCAGCAAAACAAAGGUCAUGUCGGCAACCAGUACAUCCACGCCUAUCGGAGUACUGUUAUCCACCCAAAACAAUCGCUGCCUCUCCGCUCCCGAUCUGACUGCAGAGAAACGUCUGACUUUCAACUCGGCUUCCUCGCUGUCCACACUGCACAAACCGGAGCGCUCCAUCAGCCCCGAGAGCAACGACAGCAUCUCGGAGGAGCUCAAUCAUUUCAAACCCAUCGUCUGCUCGCCGUGCACCCCUCCAAAGCGACUUCCUGAUGGCCGCGUCCUGAGUCCUUUGAUCAUUAAGUCAACUCCAAGGAACCUCAGCCGGAGCCUGCAGAAACCAACCACCUAUGAAGCAAGCCCCAGGAUCCUGAAAAAAUGGGAGCAGAUCUUUCAGGAGCGCCAGAUCAAAAAGACUCUCUCUAAAGCCACCCUGACAUCUCUGGCUUCAGAGACCGGGGAGGACUUCCUGGUCCCUGAUAUUGCAAACUCCCUUCAUUCCAGCAAAGAGCACCCACGAAUGUUAAAUGAUCAAGUCCCCCCUGACACCGCCACAGACAGUAACAUGGAGAUAGAUUAUUCCCCCUCUAUCAGCAAAGGCAAGCCAGAAGGGGCUAGUGACAAGAAAAGAGGUUCACAGACCUUAACAGUAGACAACAGUUCCUGUGAACCUAACACAAGAACAAACAGAGCCUCUCUGAAUGCUCAAGACACGGUCGAUGUCAAAGCAAAUUCCUACACGGACAAAUCUUGUCUUAGCGUUGGCGCAAAAAUAAUGACCAGAAGAAUCAUUGGAGCCAACCCAGCACCACCAGACAGUAGCCCAGGGGGAGUUCUGGUCAAGACGGCAGGGAAAAAGCAGCUGAAAUACCUGAACAAUAGUGAAUUAAUUAAUGUGCAGAAUGGUACCUGCAACUCUGUUGAAAAUGUCAGCAGUGAACAGCCCCCUUCGCUGCGCCGGGGCCGGAAGAGAUGUUGUAAAACAAAGCACUUGGAACAGAAUGGGUCUGUUAAAAGACUGAGGCAGACAGCUGGCGAGAUGGGCUUGGCCGUCGACAAUCCCCUGGUGAGGGAGAUGGAGCAGAAAUUGCAACAGGAGGAGGAGGACCGGCGGCUGGCUUUGCAGCUGCAGCAAAUUUUUGACAGCGAGAACAGGACAGUGGAUAGGAGGAAAGGAAGAGUGGAUCAGUAUCUCUUGCGGUCAAAGAGCACUACGGGUGCGAAGUAGCACUUAGCGGACGAUGUUGCCUUUUCUAGAGGACAUGAGGUUUUGAAAAAGCCUAUAGGAAAAAACUAUUUUCUUAUCAUACUUCCACCUGCAAAAUUGUUUCUCAUUUUUAAUGGUAAAACACUUGAGGUCCAGUUCAAGUAGAAGCUGGGGUCCUUGCAAGUUACACACGCACACACUCAUCUGCCUUGUAUAUUCCCUCAGUCUAGAAGAGAAGUCUUGAUCUCACCAUGCACACACUGAAAUGCACUUAAAUGUGGUCGCUGACAUUUCUAAGUUAAGACUAAAAGCGGGCAUUUUUUUACUAAAGCCAUGACACCAGCAGUUUCUGAGCGAGCGGUAAGAACAUAGAAAAUAAGGUGAAAGAGACCUCAAGAGGUCACAUCUAGAUUCAUAGAUCUAGUCCAACCCCUGCUCAAAGCAGGACCAGCCCCAACUACAUCAUCCCAGCCAAGGCUUUGUCUACCCGGGUCUUGAAAGCCUCCAAGGAUGGAGAUGCCACCAUCUCUCUAGAUACAUCUCUUCACCUCCUGUACCUUGGCAGCUUCUCUCCUCGUGUGGUAAUGAAUGGCUUGCCUUCCUGGGAUCAAAGAAAUUGGUUUUAUUUUCCCCUUUCCACAGUGUAACUACAAGGACCCUGAAGCUCCAUGCUACUUUGAACCAGAUGUUUUGGUUUUGGUUUUGGUUUUGUUUUUUAAAAAGAGAAGAAAAAGAAAUAAGAAAUCUUAUAUUUUAAUGGAUGAAAUUUAUAUAUUUUAAAUACUAUAUUUCAACAGAUCGACACUUUUUCGUUUUGAGAAAUCUUGUAGCAAUGAUGACAUAAUAUAUUAUCGCAUUAACACACCAACUGCUGGAUGUUCAAAUGGUAUGCGAAGUCAGGAAAAGGGUGCUGGGUCUCCGCACGCGACUAUACCCGGAUGGCUGCCACACGCGGGUUCGGUACGGUCUGACCCUCUUUGGAGAGAGAAUUCUGCCCUCAGUUACGCGCUUGCAACCUCACCGGGCCAAGCGCACUGCUGACUGAAGCAGGCACAAAUUCAUUCACUCGAAGGGAGUUGAGCUUGCUGAAGCCAACAGUGGAUGUCAAGGACGUUGGCUAGUCAUUGACUUAGUCGAAGUCAGUCGGGUGGGGUGGAUGUGAAUAACUGAGGGUUGAAUUUGGCCCCUUCUAGUGCUUAAGAACAGCAGGAUAAUUUAAGGACAGAAUUGCUUCUUUUUUUUAUGUACCCUUCAUUCCCUUGUUCUAAGAGCUAAAACUUUUUGUACUAUCCAGACGUUCUGGGUUUAUUUUAUUUCGAUUUUCUUACCCCCAGUUAAUGCCUUGAAACUUGAACCCGGCUUCCUCAGUCAGUCCCCAUCCUUUCUCAGCGUGCUCAUGAUGGUGUCUUCUAGCGCUGGCUUUGCUGAGAGAGCCUGGUGUGGGUUUUACAAAUCGAGUGCAUGUCUUCUGGGAAUGAGAUUUUGGGGGUCCUGCCCACCAGGCCAGUGUCCUUUUUUUGGAUUGUUUUUGAACACUUUUUUUAAAUAUGGGGGAGGGGGGGAGGGCAUUGUGUGUUUAAUCUCUUUUUGUACAAAAUCUGAGUCUCAGUGGAUGUGUAAGAGGCACUGUCUAGGGCAAAAAAGUUCCUUGAGCCAAAGCUCUGUGGAAGAAAAUAAUGCUUGAAUGUCUGUUAUGUGCUCUGUUCUCUAUGGGUUGCUCACACAAAAGGUCUGUCUCGAUAGCAAAGCUGCCACUGAUUCAGUAGAUACAGCUCUGGACCCUGCUAGGCCCUUCUGACGGUGUUGGUCCGUUGCAUCCAUAUUUAUUUAAGGGGGCCUUUGGUUUCUGUGUGCACGUAUAGAAUAAUUGCAGGUCUGAAAAGACCUUGUUCCUUUUUGAAAAGCUGGUCACUGCCCGGAUGCAGCAGCAUCUUCCAAUGUGGUGGUGGGGCUGGCUCGAGGGGGUGCUUAUUCACAAAGCAUUGCGCUAGUUUUGCAGUCCAGUAAUGCAACCUUUCUGUGAAACACAAGUGCAGUCCUUAAAAUUAUCCUCGCCAUCUCAUUGCUUCAUGAAGACGGGCCCCAGUCAGUCACCCUCCAGUUCCAGAGCGCAGCCCAAAUCCUGCUCCCUUCAAAGUUAGCGAGAGCAUGACCGGACCCCUGCAGCCUGCCCCUGCGUCCUGCGAAGGUGCUGGGCAUCUUUCCACUGAUGUGCUGGUGCAGAUUGCAGGAGGAGAGGCCGAAGACUGAAGAGGCGAUUUUAAGAUACGAUCUAAGGGAAUGUAUUUAUUCAUUUAACACUGUCCUGAAGGAGAACAAGGCUUUUAUUACUAAAAAGCUUGUGUUUAAAAAGACGUACUUUAUGUAACCUCACUUAAAAGAAGAGAAGUUCCCAGCCCCUCUCGCACGCUAACAGUCAAAUGCACACUCCCUUUGUCGCAAGGAGAAAUACCGGUCAAAUAACAGCUCGCACUGAGACACCAGAACUGUGGAUGCUGUUCAGGAUCUCCACAUUUUGCGGAGGCACUAGAGCAAAACCAAGUAUUUAUUUAAAAUGGAUGUAUUUGGAAAUCAUCGUUAAUCUUCCUCCUUUUCUGAUACCAAGUUCUCUGAGGGAUGCAGCACAAUCCCUCUGGUCUGCCAGAAGGCGCAGGCACGUGUCUGAGAUCUCGGACACCUUCCCCCACCUUCCUGCCUUUCUGGAAGACUAACUAGCAAGCAGUUGCCCUGGCUCGUAGCACUUCCGUGUGACCAGAAGGGGCUUGAGAUUUUGUGUCAUAGCUGAAUGACUGAAUCUGCCAAAGAUGCCACGUGACUGAACAGUUGCUCUGAAUCUAUGGCAUUCCCUCCGUCGGAGGGGGAAUAAGUAUCGCCAUGCUUUCCUGGGGUCAGCGAUGACAGAUGUCAAUCAGUAAGCAAAUGAAGGAAAAGUGCCAAAAGAAUGGAUUGCGCAAGAUGAUUGUAUAAUGCUGUCCUAUAUUGUCAGUAUUUCUUUUCUUCAAACGAUAUUGUACAUGCAGUAUGCAGUAGUCAAUGACGUAGAGCUUGAACAAGUGCUUUGUAUUUUAUCAUUGAAAGCAAGGGGGAGGUAGAAGCCUUAAAGACUAUAACUGAUCUUAAAAACAGGCCUUUAGCAAUGCUUCAAGGAUAGCCCUCCUGGGCUCUCAGCUGGACUUCCGGGAUCUCUUUGCCAUCUUGUAGUUAUUCAGUGAAAGGCUGACAAGGAGCUUGUCCUGUGCACUUGGGAAGCAUCUCAUCCAAACCCAUCCUCUCUGAUUUUUCAAGAGAGAAAGCGGAAGACCAUUCCUUGUACAACUCUUGGAGGUGGACAGGAAGGCCCAGAAGAUCACUGUGAUGUAGAUCUAUGGGAUCUUUUGUAGAUCUUCGCAAUUAGGCGAAAACUGGGAUGCAUCCGUUACUGGGACGGUAGCUCAGAAGCAGGAACGAUCGCUCUAUGUGCUGUUUGAUGCAAACCUGUUUCUUCCCUGUAUCUUUCACCCACCGCAAAGGAUCAAACAGAUAUAGAAUUAGCUCUUCACUAUGCAAAGAAAAAAAAAAAUCUUUAACUGAUUACAAAUAAUGGGCUUUUGUGUAUGCCUGGUUUUCUGGUGUUUCCUGUCAAACUGUUGAAAACAAAUCUAGAUGUUGCUACCUUUUUUCCACUAUGCUUUAAAUUGUUGUGCUUUGGUGUGUCCUCACCUUACAACUCAAACAGCAGUGCAACAAAAGACUGUGGUCAUUCUGGGUCUCAACAUUAUAAAGUAAAUCAGCGGUUACUGAAAGAUCAUUUACUUGCAUGUGUAUAAUACGCGGGUACGAUAACAUGCGGGGUUCUUUCGUAUUGUGGCUUGUUAUUCCAAGCAGAGUUAUACCAUGGUCGUGAAAAACUGUCACAACAUAGAAAUGUGCCAAUCGUACAAAUACCUUGUGCAUUUUAACAGCAGAAAAGAGGGCUCUAACCACAGGAUAAAGGCGGAGGUUAACAUAGAAUAAAAACCAGGUUCUUAAGGUGAA